AGAAAUAUUUACCGCAUUAGUGAAAGAGAGAUAGAGUACUACCUACUCUAUCUCUUUCGUUGCCGAUGAAAAACGAGUAUCUGAGAAAGCCAGAGUCCAUCUAAUUUUUUAUCUCUCUCGGCGACACUUUCUCGGACAACGCCGCGUUACGGCGAGCGUUCCAGUAUUACAAUAUUUCAGUGUACCACCGCAUAGUUGUAAUACGUGAAACGGGCGAACCAAACGUCAAAACGCGCACGGAAAGGAGUUCGUAAUUUUUUACUUGGGUGACAGCAAGGCUAUAAGGUUUCCAAUAGAUAGUUGCCCGGUUGGAAAAUAUCGACGAAAAAAAUCAGGCAUAAUGUCGGUUCAUCGAUACACCCACGCUGUUGUGUGCAGAAUUCCCCUUUCGUUGAGAACUCGCGGCGAAGUAACGCUCGACGAAGCUAGAAAACAACACGAGACCUUCGUACGUGUGCUGCGGGACCUCGGACUUGACGUUGUCGAACUUCCACCCGAUGAGGGAUCACCGCUCUGUGCCUUCGUCGAGGAUCUCGCCGUCGUCUGCAAUGGCAUUGCUUUAAUCGCUCGUCCUAAUGAACCUUCUCGCACGAAAGAGAUUGAAACAAUUCGAGCUGUUCUAAAAAAAGAACUAGACAUCCCUCUUGUGGAGAUUGCUGACCAAAAUGCCAGGCUGGAUGGAGGUGACGUUCUGUUUACAGGACGGGAAUUUUUCGUGGGAUUAUCACAAUUCACAAACGAGGCCGGUGCUCGAGCAGUAGCUGCAGCAUUCCCAGAGUAUCCCUGUGUUCCCAUCAAGGUGGGUGAUGGUGGCGAAGAGGUGAUAGUGGAGAGUUUAACCUCAGCCCCACUUCAGGUUGCAGAGUCGAAGCGUUUGAAAGCUCUAGUUACUAUGGCUGGUCCUGACGUUAUCUGCGUGGGUGCAGGAAAGGAAUCUCAAGAAGUUUUAAAGCGAAUUGAACGAGAGGCAACUUACACUUAUCAAACAUUGACCGUGCCUGAAGAUGCAGCAGCAAAUGUUGUUUACGUGAACGGGACUUUGAUUCAUCGUACAGAGGCCGAAAUUCCAAAGUCAUGCAGGGUUUUUGCUGAAAAGGUUGAGUUUCCUACAAAGUUACUCCAAAUAUCGGAAUUAGCCAAAGUGAGUUCUGGUCUUUCUUCAUGUUGCUUAUUGGUCCGUAGACCGAGGCACAUUCGUAGUAUUUAAGCUCCAUAUGAAACUAUGAAUUCGCGAAUGAGAAGCGAAUGAGUUUUCAGACCAGUAUAAUUAUUCAGGAGUAUUUCAAGAUGAGUGAAACUCAUUUAAAAGAUAAAUAAAAGAAAAAUACACUAUUAAAAUAUAGGCGGUCUGUGAGACCUGAAAAAAUUUUAACAUUCUCAAUAUUAUAGAAACUAUGGACCUUAAUUAAAAUUAAUCAGAGACUUGAUAUAAUGAAUAAUCGUUACCAUCAAACGCAGAGAACACAAAAUAUUAAGUAUAUCAGAUCUAUAAUAUAUUUAAUACUAAUAUAUUGAUAUUGAUACGAUAUUGAAGAGUAAUAUAUUCAAAUGUCGAACAUUUUUACUAUAAAGAAAAUAUUGCAUUUAUUAAUAACAGUACAAUGUUAUCGUCGAUUUUUAAAGAUUUUAACUAUUGUUUUUAUUUAUAUUUAUUAAAUAAGCUUUGCCUGACUCAAAUGUAUUAACUGACUUAGUGCUUGUACGAAAUUUUGCAGGUAAAUAUUGCAUUCUCAUCU